CUCGUCGGAGCGAGGCUAUUAAAGCACCAACACCAGUGACGUCAUACCCAAGCGACGGAAACGUCUUACGAUCGCACCAUGGCGGAGGCAGAAUCCAAAAAGGUGAUCAAAUUAGUUCCUGAAUAUCUGCUGAAAAAGAGGAAAGCAUACCAGGCCAUCAAAGCCACACAGGCCAAGCUUGCACUGCUUGAGAAGAGAAAGAUAUCAAAAGGCAAAUCACUGAAGUUCAAACGUUUGGAGGACUUCUUGAAAGACAGCCACAAGGCACAUCGUGAUGACACCCGCAUCCAGAGAGCACAGCACAGGCCGCCAGCCCCUCUGCCUCCUGCUAAGAAUAAGCUAGCCUUCGCUGUCCGCAUCAGAGAGAUUAAAGGUGUCAGUCCCAAAGUAAUGAAGGUGGUCCAGAUGCUGAGGCUGAGGAAGAUCUUUAGUGGGUCCUUCGUCAAAAUCAACAAGACCUCAAUGGCCAUGAUGAAGAUCGUGGAGCCCUAUGUGGCCUGGGGAUUUCCCAACUUGAAGUCUGUUCGUGAGCUCAUUCUGAAGAGAGGACAGACCAGGAUAGGCAGGAGGAGAGUUCCCCUCACAGACAACGCCUUCAUCGAGGAGCACAUGGGUAAACAUGGCAUCAUCUGUUUGGAGGACCUGAUCCAUGAGAUCUACUCAGUAGGUAAGGGCUUCCGGGCAGCCAACAACUUCCUGUUGCCUUUCAAGCUGUCAGUGGCCCGUCACGCUGCCAAGGAUAAGGCUGGGCUCCUGAAGGACCUGGGAAACCCUGGAUUUCGUGGUACAGACAUUAACACUAUAAUCAGACAACUGAACUGAAGAGGAACACAAGCACGAUGGAUGCCCAGCAGCAACUUAAAGAAUGCUGGACUUCUUGGGGAGCAAAUGCCAAUGACAAAAUAUUUACUUUUUGUGUCUUUGGCAAAGAAGCUCAUGGGUUUCACCCUGUACACCCAUUCUCUGGUUACAUUCUCCGGACACUGGGGCAUCAGAAAAGUGGAGUCCUUUGCCUCAUUCAUGUUGUUUUUGCUUCACACUUGUGCAAAACUAUAUAUAUAUAUAGUGUGGUGCUCCUUACAGUGGACUGAUGGAGGCAGUUAUGUUCUUUGGUAAAAAUGUAUGUUUAAAAAGUGCUGAGUUACUCCACAUAUUCCUCAGGUUGUCAGAGGAAUGGGUGAACAGGAACUGAAUAAUCAGGAUGGGUUGUCCUCCAUGUAGGAGCCACCAGCCCACCCACAGCAAAUUAAUUUACUUGCAUUCAGCAGAUGUCAGUGUGAAAAGGGUUAAGUCUGAAAAAUCUGUGAAACACUGAUUCAUCUGUUAAUUUAUAAUUCACUGUUCAUACACUUCCUUUGUUUUUACAAUAAAAAAUAAAAUGAUUUAGUA